AUGACAGUCAACUCCCGUUUAAAUGUCAUCCUUGGAGCGGGCAAUGUACAUAACACCAACUUCCGUUAUGAUACGCCUGACGAGGUAAAUGCGUAUCUCAACGCUUUCUACAAUCGCGGCUACCGGCAGAUUGAUACCGCGCGUGUAUACUCGACCGGCGCACCAGGCACAUCGGAACCCCGACUCGGCGCUGUUGGAGCUGGUAAAAGAUUCACUAUUGAUACUAAAGUGCUUUCUCGAGAGCCCGGAAGUCACGAGCGGGACAAGAUUGCCCAGGAAGUUGAGGCAUCUCUCAAAGCCUUGCAAAUUGAUCAGAUCAAUAUUCUAUAUCUGCACCAGCCUGACCGAACCACUCCUUUUGAAGAAACAUGCGAAGCUAUUGAUGCGGCUUAUAAAGAGGGAAAAUUCAAGAAAUUUGGACUAUCUAAUUUUAGAGCCGAUGAAGUCAAGCAGAUUCUCGAAAUUUGCGAUCGCCGUUCGUUCGUAAAACCCAGUGUUUACGAAGGACAGUACAACCCAGUUGUCCGAGGAGGAGAGAAGGAAUUGUUCCCUCUCUUGCGCAAGCACAACAUUUCCUUCUACGCAUGGAGCCCUGCGGGAGGAGGCUUCUUUGCUGGAAACCACAAGAAUGCUGUAUCAGGUGGCCGCUUUGACAAAUCCACCUUCCUGGGUGCUAUUUACUCGGCACUGUAUUUGAAGCCUGCAAUCGAAGCAGCAACCGAGAACGCCCUGGCGGUGGCUGCUAAGCAUGGAGUUAGUGGUCAUGCUGCGGCGUUAAGAUGGACUGCUUACCAUAGCGUCCUUGACCCGAAAUACGACGAUGCGGUUAUCAUUGGCUCGUCUACGGUGGAUCAGCUCAACUCAAACCUCGAUGUCAUUGAGCAGGGACCCCUUCCGAAAGACAUUGUCGAGGCUAUCAACGCCCUGUACAACGAAGUGGGCGAAGAAGAGAUUCCGUAUCACUUCUAG